AUGGUCGAGUGGUCUAAGACGUCAGGUUCAGGUCCUGAUCUACGCAAGUGGGCAAGGAUCCCUCUUGAGGACUCUGCGUUGUUAAAAGACCAUUACCGAACAGAAUGGCACAAAUAUAAUUUGCAUCGCAAAAUAUCCUCUCUUCCACCCUUGUCAUCUGAAGAGUAUCACCAACGACUACAGGUUUCGCAGCUGUCUUCGUCGAGUCCUCCGGUUUCCAAAGGUGUUGCGUGCCAAUUUUGCGAUGGAAAGCAUGGCGAGAUCAUUGAGGCUGAACAAACUCCUUUUGAAAAUGCCAUCAUCAAGAAAAUGGAAUCAUUAUCCAUCUCGACGUUUGAGCAACUCUUUGCAGAGUUUCCAGACAUUACGGAUACCGUAAUGCAAGAUCUUAGAGCUCAAUUUUCAAAUCUUAUUUUGCCUUCCGGCUGUUUGUUUUGUACAUCGAGCUUCAAGGAUGUCCGGGACAAUUUGGAUCAUAUGGUUGAAAUGCAUUGCUUUUUCAUUCCCCAAGUAGAAAAUAUUUUCGAUUUUGAGGGACUGGUGUCUCACUUGGCAGAGAAAAUUAAUUUCUACAGAACAUGCCUGUGUUGCCACCCAGAAAAACGGUACAGAUCCGUUGAAGCCCUGCGAAAGCACAUGAUUGACAAGGGCCAUACAAUGCUUGGAGACGAUCUUGAGGACAUUUCCCGGUUUUAUGUAUUUGACGAGGAUGAAUUUGAAGACCUUGAUGAAGAACUGGGCGAYGAAAAUGGCCAAAAUCAGCUGCAAUUGAAAGAUGAGUAUGAAAUGGAAUUGCCCUCUGGUCGCAGGGUUGGACAUCGAAAAUAUCGUCGCUAUUAUUCGCAAUACCUACGAGAUUCAUCAGAAACAUCUGAAUCGGGCCAAAUCGAGACUGCUCGAGGCCGUACUUUAGCGAAGGAAUAUAAGCCGCUCCCAAUUGCAUCGGACCAACAAAGCAUAAAAGACCAGAGGAAAUUUGUACAAUCCCUCUCCAGGAAAAUGCUAAAGGUAUCCGUGAACCAGAACAAGUUCCAGCCAUAUUUCCGGGAGCAGAUUUUAUAA